AUGAGAUAUCAUAAUUCAACUACUAAACCAAGUUGCUUCAUAAGCCAAGAACUUCAUAAAACUCUGCUAAUCUUAAUUUUAUAAUGGAGUUCUAUUUUUACUAUUUUUUAAAAAGAUUACUUAGGUUUUAAAAAACUAUAAAACCACUAACAAAAAUAUAUAAUUAACCAACAUCUCUAGAAUUAGAUCAAUCGAUUAUUAAGAAUAUCUAAAAAUAAGUAUUUUAUAGCAAAAUUAAUAUGGAGUUGUAUCCCUAUCAAACUCCAUACUACCUAAAAAUAAUUCAGAUUUUAAUAUUAUAGAUAUGGAAUGCUACCUAAAGAGAUGGUAAACAUAGGUUAUUUGGAUAAGUUUAAGAGGGUUUUGAAAUUCUAUAAUAAAUAAAUAGAAUUCAUAUAGAUGAUGUAGGCAAACAAUUUUUAAUAUUAGAAUAAAAGAUACUUAUAGUAUCGAUUAAGCUUUUGA